AUGGCAGAGAAGACAAUUGAGUCGCUGUCCAAGGCACUGGGCUGCGUGCAGCAACUGCGCACCAGCGUAUGCGAUGUUUUCCGCUACCUGGCUGAGGGCAAUGCUGAACCAUGCGAUGACGACGCCCAACGCAAGCACUGCUGUACUGGCCAUCUGCUCGACAGCUACAAGUGGACGGAGAAGGUGCGGGACUAUGCCUCGUUUGCCAGCCCCGUCUGGUCGCAGAACGGCGUCAAGCGCUCGCAGAACCUGGUGGUGAAGAAGCGGCGGCUACAGAUGCAGACGAGCCACUGCCAGCCGCAGCAGCACGUGGACGCCAUCUUGAACACGAUCGGGCGGAGCUUCAUGGACAUGGGGCUGCUGAUCAGUCGGCCUUGCGGUGCCAACUCGGCCGUCGUGCAGGUCACGCUCGACCGCGUCCUGCAGGCCGUCAUCACCUUCAAAGGCCUGCUCAUCGAGUGGGUGAUGAUCCGCGGCUACGACGAGCCCAUGUCCACCGAGGACGGCCGCGUCGACCUCUGGACGCCCUCCGACUACCACGUCUUCCGCAAGGUGUCUGAGAACGCGCAGGCCGCCAUGGUGCACUACUACGGCCCGCUGCACCCCGAGUUCUCAGCGCGUUCGUACUUGACCUGGAUCCACAGCUACGUGAACCUGUUCUCGGCGCCUUGCGUCAAGUGCGGCAGCCGCCUGCAGAACGCCAUGCCGCCCACGUGGCGCGACUUCAAGUCGCUGCAGCCCUACCACGAGGACUGCAAGUCCUGAGGGUCCGCUGUUCUC